CAUUUAAGGCAGGACGUACAAUGUAUUUUACACACCUCGCCGUCAAUCAUUGAUGGUGCUUUCAAUUUUAGGAGGCUGCUUGCAUCACGUGCAUCACUUGCCAUCCGGGCUCAAGGGGCUGAUGUGAAGAAUCGACUCCGCAGCUCUUUAGUACAAUAGUCAAGAGUCGAAGCACCGGCGGUCCCAUGGCGAAGCAGGUCCAGCUGCAGGAUUUCGAGAUGGUCCGCACCUUGGGCUGCGGAUCCUUUGGACGUGUGAGAUUUGCCAAGUACAAGCCGGACGGCAAAUAUUAUGCAGUGAAGUUCAUGAAGAAGCACGAGAUCAUCAAGCUGAAACAGGUCGACCACAUCAACAACGAGAAGAGGCUAAUGGCGCAGAUCUCCUACCCAUUCAUCGUGAACAUGAUGGGCUAUGCCAAGGAUGACCACUUCGUCUACAUUAUCAUGGAAUGCAUAAGUGGUGGAGAGCUGUUCACCCAUCUGCGAAGGGCCCGGAAGUUCUCAGAUGAGCAAUCAAAAUUCUACGGCUUGCAGACUGCUGCUGCCUUCGCUCACAUUCACGGCAAGAAUAUCAUCCAUCGGGACCUGAAGCCCGAAAACAUCCUCCUUUGUCCCAAUGGCUACUCCAAACUCACUGACUUCGGCUUCGCCAAGAUCGUGGAGCCAGGCACCCGCACCUACACGCUUUGCGGCACCCCGGAGUACAUUGCGCCAGAGGUGUUGCUGAACAAGGGACAUGGCAAGCCAGUGGAUUGGUGGACCUUGGGCAUCCUGGUCUACGAGAUGAUUUGUGGGCAGCCACCCUUCUGUGAUGAGGACCCGAUGGGCAUCUACCAGAAGAUCUUAGCUGGCAAGGUGUACUUCCCGAAGUACUUUGACAAGAACGCGAAGUCGCUGGUGAAGAAGCUUUUGGUGGCCGAUUUGUCCAAGCGAUUCGGGAACCUGAAGGAUGGAGCUGCAGACAUUCUUCAAAGCAAGUGGUUUUCGACCUACGAGCUGCCAAAGAUGGAAGCAAUGGAGUAUCCAGCACCCUACAAGCCAAGCAUGAAGGAUGAUAACGACGUCUCCAACUUUGAGGACAUCCCUGACUCCACCGAUAUGCCGCCAAAGGUCACGGCUGCCCAGGACCCUUUCUUGGAUUGGUGAGGGGACGAGUGUCUCCCUGCUCGCACUCGCACUUGUGAGAUGCCGGACAAUGCCAAUAUCAUGUGGUGAGGGCUGCAGACAGUCGCAGACAGACAGUCGCAUGAGAUAGCUUUUGGUUGGUGUCCAAACGUUGGAAAAAGAAAGAAGAAAAGCACCCUCAGCCGCGAAAGAAGAAAAGCUGCUGCUCUUGAUUUCACCUGCCUGGAUGAGGGGAGCUGAGUUUGUUUUUUUAAUAGCACAGAAGAAUCUCAUCCAUGGUGACCAGAAGAAUCUCAUCACUGCGUUUGCCGUUGAUGGAUGGGUCUCGUGCUCUCGUCUAACUUCUGGUCCCUCCCGAUCGAUUGGGCGAAGUGAAGGACACCGACCUGGACUUCUUUCAUCAAUAUGGGGGCGAUCCUUGCAGCGAUCUUGGUGGAUGGAGUCCUGCUUGGCCGGCUGCAGACCUACCCUCCCUCAAACAAUCGUGAUGUUGCG